AUGUUCAAAGCAAGAAGAAACGGCUCUUCCGAAGGAGCCAAAAAGACAUCAGAUCUGUACCACGAACAACAACACAACCACCCCUAUCUCCAGGAAAAAGACGAAUCAGAAGCGGAUUCUUUCUUGUUACACGUACAAAUGGAGCUCGACGACGAUACUAUCCGCUUUCCUAAGGAAUUGCCAAGGACUAUAUCCUGUCCACCAAGCAUACCCGGAAAGAAGAAACGAAGAAAGAGUAAACUUGACAACAACACGAGUAGCACAAGUGGCAGCCGUGACGUCUCUCGGACCCGAGUCGACAGCACCGUUGGUAGCCGUGAUGCAUCGGCUCUGUUCGUGGAAUCACUCUCACCUAGAGAUUUAGCAAAGCUGGCAAACCUUCUCAGGCCAGUCUUGAUUUCUCAGCAGGAGGUCGAUAUUACCAAUAAUCAAAUGGAUCCUCUGUUGCCCAAAAGUGACAAUUGGAAAGACAACGGCGACGACUCAUGGCGAGACGACCGGGAUGACUCAGAGUGGCAUAAUCCCUACAGCGAAAACACACACUCUCUUUUCUAUUUGUGCAGUGUUGAUAGCUUGGCAUUCUGUGGAAAUAGACUCAACAUGCCACCCAAUGUUGACUUGAUUGUGACUAUUGCUCAAGGUGUCGCCCUUUUCCAGGCCUUGGCAUUUCAAUCGGACUUCCUUGAAGUUGUCCUUGCCAAGGCAGGUUUCGUGGGAAAUAGGCUCCAGAGCGCUGCCAAUGAUGUUGUCAACUUCCAAGUCCGCAAACCAGCAGGAGAACAAGGAUUCUUACAACGUUCUUGGAAGGCAGGGAUUUUCCUUUUGAUCCUUGUUGUCAUGGUGGCUGGAUGGAUUACUAUUGUGGCCUUUCGGACAUCAGGCAAAUUCAUGUGCAACACCAUCAUUGUGAAUAUGGGAGACAACUUUGUUCCCUCUCUAGGAGCUUUCAAUGGCAUCUAUGACCUGGAUUUCUCAACAGGUUCUGGUCUAGAGUGGCGAGCAGAGUAUGUGGAGAGACGCUCUGUGGAAAUCGACACGCCUGGUAGAUGUGUUUUUGGGUACUGCAAUGACAUCAAUAAGCCCUUGGAACAUUUAAUGGCAUCUAUGACCUGGAUUUCUCAACUGGGUCUGGGCUGGAGUGGCGAGCGGAGUAUGUGGAGAGACGCUCUGUGGAAAUCGACACUCCUGGUAGAGGUGUUUUUGGGUACUGCAAUGACAUCAAUGCUUGGACUUUUCGAGUACAGCCAAAGGAAAAUCAGGAGGAUUCAGCUCCUUGUGACUGGAUUGCAAGAUCUUCCGAAACAGACACCUAUGAUAUCACAGAGACUGGGAGAAUCCAGUGGUUUGUCCGUGAUGAAACAAACCGCGAAGUGGUCCUGGAACCGUUCAGCCUCUUUUGUUUCGACUGUUCCAAUGAAGAUGCGGAAGGAAGUGAUGACUGUGGCGGUAAAGGAACCUGCAGCAAUGCUAUCUGUGACUGUGAGAAUGGUUGGUACGGGCUCCGGUGUGAAUUUGUCCGCCCCUGCCCUUGGAUCAACCUUGAUGCUAGGACUGAUAAGUUUCACGCUGGUGGAAGCAUACCAUCGACCAGUCUACAUCCAUGAGUAUGAGAGUGGCGACUUUGAUGUUGUCAUGUUCACUGGUGGGCGCUGGGCUUUGACUUCUUCUGUUUUCUUGCCUUAUGCUGGCAGAAUCCCUUCCUAUGAACUCUCGGAUGGACACGAUGAUGUUGGUUCUGAUAUUGGAAACUACUUCAAGCAUGCCUUCCAUGGAUAUAAGGGCUUUUCUACCAACCUUUCUGUUGCUUUCCUAAGUGACUACAUGGAAAGGGGGACACAUUUGAGCUCCAGCUCCCCAGUUGGCUUCUCUUGGUUCUUCGCUGAAGAAGCCAUCGCUGAUAACCAGAAUCAGGGAAUUGGGAAUGAGAUUUCUACUGAGUUUCUUUGUCGUGCCUGUGACGAAUCUUCAAACCCAUGUCUCUAUGAUGGAAAGUGCAGUGAUGGAGCCUGUGUGUGUUCCCUUGACAGUUUUGGAAGCCUCUGUGAAAUCCCACCGGGUAUGUUCAUGGGCCUCUGUUUAUAUGAAUCAUGUGCUUCAUUCGCAACGGUCACUGUGACCCCCUUUUUCAACACACCUGAGUUCAAAAUGGAUGGUGGUGAUUGCUGUGAAUCGACUUGUGUCAGCACAUCUCAGUAUGCUUGUGGAGCCGAAAAAGAUGGCUAUGUCAGCACAGGAUACUUCUACUGUGAAAAACCAAAUGACGAGUGGCAAAGCAGUCAUUUCAAUGGAGACGCCGGCUCCUUCUCUGGUUUUGCACUGUUGCAGGACCGUGUCCGAAUCUACGACAAGGUUGGGUCCUCCUGGGUCCUUCGAGAUACUAUUUUGGGAUCGCCAAACACAUAUUUUGGAACAGGAGUAUUGGGUCUCUCAUCUGGCCCCUUCAAUGUGGUCAACAACCCUAGCUUCAGAGCUCCCCUUACUGUUGCUGUCCAGGAUGGCUUCCGAACUCUUCGAAUCUACAAAUGUAACUUUGAUGGCUGUUCUCAAAGUCAAGCGAUUGAAUUGGUUCAUGGAUUUGCUUUAUCAGAUGAUGGGACUGUUUUGGCAACGUCCUUGUUUGUCCCCAAUGAACCAAUCCGUGCUAUCAAUGUCUACAAGACUGUGGAUGGCAUAUUUCAGAUGAGAGACACUGUCGUCAUUCAGAGAAACACCACAGCAAGCAACCUCUUGUCCAUGGCGUUGAGUUCUGAAGGUGACAGACUUGCUGUUCAAACUCAAAUGACUGAUUUUGAUGAAGCCAGUAACUUUGAGGUCGUUACGGAUGAAAAUGUUGUUGUCAUGGCAUGGAAUGAAUCAUCAAGUGCAUAUAAAGUGGAGACUGAUUUCCGUUUUGCGACUCCACGAAACACUUUGAACUUCCCACUGCCACUAUCAUUCAACCAUAAUGGGAAUGUUCUUGCCUAUGGCUUCCCUGAAUGUGAAUCAAUAAACAUCAAAGAGAUCAGUGGUGAGCUAGGAUGGGCAAAUCGCACAGCUCCUUCACUGAAUACAACAGCUUGUGUGGAAAAUAAGCGUCCGGACAAGAACAACGCCCUAGCACUCUCGGGUGAUGGAGACAGGAUUGCGUUCAGGGUUGGAACCAAAGUGGGCUAUUUCCAUUGGGAGUCUGAAAACUGGAAUCCCAUUGGUGAUCCCUUUCCGUUGAUUCAUUAUCCUGUGGCUAUGUCUUCAGAUGGCACCGAACUUGCAAUCGGUUCCCCUAAAGACGGCAUUGGAGGGGUCACAACAGUCUACACGCUACCCCGAAGAAAGCAGUGCCCCAGUGGUAUGUCACUUCUACGCCUCUCACUGACUCUUGAUAGACUGCCUGGAGAUGUAGUGUGGAGCCUAGUCAACAACAGAACAGGUGAGGUUCUUUUCCAGCAAGACUCCUACCCACAAGAAUACACCUUUGCAACAAGUUUGGAGGAGACUUGCGUCCCAACUGAUUCUUGCUAUGUGUUUACAAUUUACAACAAGAGGAAUCGGGGCCUGCUAGCUCCGGGAAGUUAUGCAAUCUUCAUGGAUGGAGAGAACGUUGCCCAGGGAACGGUUGGUGGUCUUUUUGCAAGAGAGCAGUUUGGAAGCUGUGCCUCUUGCCCCGCAGGUACAGAGCAGUUUAGCAUGAUGAUGUUGACAUGUGGACCCAUGGAGUGGGUAGUGUUUAAUAUGGUGGACCAAGGAGACAAUUAUACUGCACUUCAUUAUGAUUCAACGUAUGGAUCAUAUUCGCGAGGAGGAGGCAACACAACUGCUGAGACGUUAGAAGUGCCCUCAAACUACCAAACUUGCUUUGAUCAUGACAUGGACAGGGACUGUAGAGGCAAGAGCAUACCAGUUUCUCUUGAUGCAUGCCUUGACCCUGUAGAGUGCUAUGGGGUAAAUGUUAUUUCUCCAUUGAGGUACACUGCAUACCUUGAGCUGGUGUUUGGGGAGGAGACAGUCAAUGUAAACCCGAGUGCAGUUUGUGAUGGAGGCACAUCUUUUCUGGGCAAGUGCCCGCAGGAAGCGGACUCAUUAAUCUAA